GUUCAAAGUACAACCAUGAAGUGAUUAGCAUCAGUGGUCGUUCACCGGCCGCUUUCCGUGCAAGUGUUCAUUCGUUCUUGUCGUUCCCGAGAGUGCAUCUUCCGAGCCACCGAAAAAUGACUAGUGGUAAGCUGUUCCGGGCAAUCAUAAUGGGCGCUCCUGGGUCCGGCAAAGGAACAGUAUCCUCGCGUAUUGUUCACGGCUUCAACCUUAAGCACAUCUCGAGCGGCGAUCUGCUGCGAUGGAAUAUCGCGAGAGGCACGGAACUGGGCCGGGUCGCCGAGAAGUACAUCAAGGAAGGGAAACUGGUGCCAGAUAUUUACAUAACGAAGUGUAUUUUGAGUGAGCUCGAGCAGAUCAAAACGCAAUCCUGGCUGUUGGACGGAUUCCCGCGGACACGUGAGCAGGCAGACGAUCUGUGGCAGCAAGAGCGCAUCGAUUCCGUAAUUAACUUGGAAGUGCCGUUUGACGUGAUAAUCGAGCGAAUAGAGAGUCGCUUGGUUCACCUGCCGAGCGGCCGGGUAUACAACCGGGGAUUUAACGACCCGAAAACGCCGGGCCGAGAUGAUGUGACCGGCGAACCGCUAAGCCAACGGCCGGACGACAAUCCGGUGGCGGUCAGAAAGCGGCUCGAAAUAUACGAUGCUUGCGCGAAGCCGAUCAACGAGUACUUUGACCAGAAAGGGGUUUUGACAACGUUUAAGGGCAGCGCGACUGAUGAAAUUUGGCCGCAUGUGAAGAAAUAUCUGGAAACAAAGUUAAGCUAAGCUUUUGCUUACAUAUUGUGGGCUAUUCGACUUAAAAUGUUGCCGGCGAAUUGGUGCUAUAUGAUUCCAUUGAAAGUCGUUCAAAGAUAGCGAGCGACUUGGUGCAGAUAAGAUAAGGACCAUAUUUUGGAAUGUUGCCUCGAUAUUGGGCAGUUCGUGUAAUUCCAAAAGUAACGACAAUAACAAUGUAGAUUUUGGUAGGACAUUUUAAUAAAGAAAUUCUUACAUUAACAA